CGGGCAUCUUUUAAAGCUUGCCCCUCAUUUAAUUCACUUCCUCACCCAGUCUUUCAAAUACUUCCCUUUCGAUCAUUAUCCUAAUAUCUUGCCCUUAUUCUAUUAAUAGCGCUUAUUGUUGUUGAUCAUCAUGUCUCAGCCCAAUCCCUACAUUCUGGCCUGCGACAACCCAUCCGCGGUGCUGACUCUCUUGCGCUCCGACCCAUCCAUCGCCUCGAACCAAGAUGAGCAUGGAUACUCCCUCCUGCACGCCGCUGCAUCCUACAACCAUAUCGACCUUCUCCGCGCCCUGGUCAAGGAAUUCAACGUCAACGUGAACCUGCUCGACGAAGAUGCCGAAACCUGUCUGUUCGUGACCGAGACCGUGGAGAUCGCCAAAUGUCUCGUCGAGGAGUUGGGCGUCGACUACAACCACAAGAACGAUGAGGGUAUCACCGCUCAGGAGUCCAUCGAGGCCGACGGGUCGUUCCCCGACGUUGCUGCCUAUCUCCGCCAAGUGAUGGGUCUGCCGCCUGCUCCGGUGCAGGACCAGGUCGCGGACUCCUUGAACCCCGCUCCGCCAUUGCCAUCCAACAUCAAGGUGAACCUGGGUACGGUGUCGGAGCAGGAGGCAAAUGCUGGCACCGACCAGGUGGAUCCCGAGUUUAAACGGAGGAUUGAUGAAUUGGCAGCCCGGGAGGACUUCCAGAGUGAGGCGACACAGGCUCAGCUCCGGGAGCUGGUGAUGGAGGCCAUUCGGGGAUCCAAUGUUGAUACUCAGGAUCGGGAGGUCCGGCGCAGAAUGGACUAAGCCAGACUAAAGGAAGUUCUUAUCAAUGGCAAGGCUGCUCAAGGCCUCGGGGUUUCCUCUUUGUUCGGCCUGGUGCCGACUACAUGGAGACGCUGUGGGAAA